ACCGCGCUACACCGCUCGGUAACAACCCCACCGCACCACACAGCGACGACGUCGACGGCGGCGACGACGUCCGACUAGAAAGACGUACGCCCAUCCACACGUGCCGCGCUAUAAAGCUCCCCUCUCCUCCUCGCCCCUCGUCGCCAUACAUACCCAUCCCAGCCCAUCCCUCCUCGACGCCCACCCCCACCCCCACCCCCUCCUCCUCCUCACGAAACCGCCGCUGGUCGGCUCCCGUAGCCUCGUCGGACGCUCCUCCGUACGAGCGUUUCCUGGGGGCGGAGCGUGUGGUGGUGUUGUCUUUCUUGGACAAGGACCGGCGGCGGGGAAAAGGCCAUGCAUAACCAAAGGGCAGGCGCCGACGCCGGCGCUGCCGGCGUCGGCGGCGGCGGCGAGGACAUCUUGGAGGCAGGGUCCUUCGGGCCGCCGGGGGCGGCGCACGAGAGGGAGCGGGUGAUCCCGCACAGUGGGCCGCUGAGCAAGAAGUCCGGGGCGCGGAAGAGCGCGCGGUUCGCGGAGUCCGUGUCCGCGCCGCUCUCCGCUCCCCCGCCACGCCACGCCGCACGCGCCAACGACGACGACGACGACUAUGUGGAGAUCACCCUUGAUGUGCGUGACGACUCGGUGGCGGUGCACAGCGUCAAGCCGGCCGCCGGCGGGACCGGGGACGACUCGGACGUGACGCUGCUGGCGCGCACGCUGGAGAAGCGGUCCUCGUCCUUCGGCCACGCCGUCAUCCGGAACGCCUCGUCGCGGAUCAAGCAGGUGUCGCAGGAGCUCCGCAGGAUCGCCUCCGUCAACCGCCGCGGCGCCGGCCCCCGCAUCGACCGGUCCAAGUCCGCCGCGGCGCACGCGCUCAAGGGGCUCAAGUUCAUCAGCAGGGCCGAUGGAGGUUCCGGGUGGCCCGCCGUCGAGAAGCGGUUCGACGACCUCUCGCAGAACGGCCUCCUCCAACGCUCCAUGUUCGGACAGUGCAUCGGGAUGAGGGAGCCGGAGUUCGCCGGCGAGCUGUUCGACGCGCUGGCGCGGCGGCGGAACAUCUCCGGCGACAGCAUCAGCAAGGCGGAGCUGCUCGAGUUCUGGGACCAAAUCUCCGACACCAGCUUCGACAGCCGCCUCCAGACCUUCUUCGACAUGGUGAACAAGAACGCGGACGGGAGGAUCACCGAGGAGGAGGUCAAAGAGAUCAUCAUGCUGAGCGCGUCGACGAACAAGCUGUCCAAGAUCCAGGAGCAGGCGGAGGAGUAUGCGCGGCUGAUCAUGGAGGAGCUGGACCCGGGCAACCUGGGCUACAUCGAGCUGUACAACCUGGAGAUGCUGCUGCUGCAGGCGCCGAGCCAGUCGGUGCGCAUCGGCACCACCAACAGCCGCAACCUGAGCCAGAUGCUGAGCCAGAGCCUCCGGCCCACGGCGGAGCCCAACCCGCUCCGGCGGUGGUACCGCCGCGCGCAGUACUUCUUCGAGGACAACUGGCGGCGCGUGUGGGUGAUGCUCGUGUGGCUCUCCAUCUGCGUGGGGCUCUUCACGUGGAAGUUCAUCCAGUACCGGCACCGCUACGUGUUCCACGUCAUGGGCUACUGCGUCUGCGUCGCCAAGGGCGGCGCCGAGACGCUCAAGUUCAACAUGGCGCUCAUCCUGCUGCCCGUGUGCCGGAACACCAUCACCUGGGUCCGCAACCGCACCGUCGUGGCCCGCGUGGUGCCGUUCGACGACAACCUCAACUUCCACAAGGUGAUCGCCGUGGGCAUCGCCAUCGGGGCCGGCCUGCACAUCAUCUCCCAUCUGACGUGCGACUUCCCGCGGCUGCUCCACGCCAGCGACGCCGCGUACGCGCCGCUGGCGCAGUACUUCGGCACGCCGAGGCCCAACAACUACUGGUGGUUCGUGAAGGGCACGGAGGGGUGGACGGGGCUCGUGAUGCUGGUGCUCAUGGCCGUCGCCUUCACGCUCGCCACGCCGUGGUUCCGGCGCGGCAGGCUCCGGCUGCCGGGACCGCUGAGGCGGCUGACGGGGUUCAACGCGUUCUGGUACUCGCACCACCUGUUCGUGGUGGUGUACGCGCUGCUGAUCGUGCACGGGAACUCCCUGUACCUCACCCACAAGUGGUACAAGAAGUCGACGUGGAUAUACCUGGCGGUGCCGAUGGUCCUGUACGCCGGCGAGCGGCUGACACGGGCGCUGCGGUCCAGCGUGCGCCCCGUCAAGAUCCUCAAGGUGGCCGUCUACCCCGGCAACGUGCUGUCGCUGCACUUCUCCAAGCCGCAGGGGUUCCGGUACAAGAGCGGCCAGUACAUCUUCGUCAACUGCGCCGCCGUCUCGCCAUUCCAGUGGCACCCGUUCUCCAUCACGUCGGCGCCGCAGGACAACUACGUGAGCGUCCACAUCAGGACGCUCGGCGACUGGACCCGCGAGCUCAAGAACGUCUUCUCAAAGGUGUGCCGGCCGCCGACGGAGGGGAAGAGCGGGCUGCUCCGGGCGGAGUACGACCGCGACGGCGCCAUGACCAACCCGAGCUUCCCGAAGGUGCUGAUCGACGGGCCGUACGGCGCGCCGGCGCAGGACUACAAGCAGUACGACAUCGUGCUCCUCGUCGGCCUCGGCAUCGGCGCCACGCCCAUGAUCUCCAUCAUCAAGGACAUCAUCAACAACAUGAAGCAGCUCGACGGCGACCUCGAGUCCGGCGGCGACAACUCGGCGUCCGUGCCGUCGUCGUUCCGCACGCGCCGCGCCUACUUCUACUGGGUGACGCGGGAGCAGGGCUCCUUCGAGUGGUUCCGCGGCGUGAUGGACGAGGUGGCGGAGACGGACAAGAAGGGCGUCAUCGAGCUCCACAACUACUGCACCAGCGUGUACGAGGAGGGCGACGCUCGGUCGGCGCUCAUCGCCAUGCUCCAGUCGCUCAACCACGCCAAGCACGGCGUCGACGUCGUCUCCGGCACCCGCGUCAAGACCCACUUCGCCCGGCCCAACUGGCGCAACGUCUACAAGCGCAUCGCGCUCAACCACCGCGAUCAGCGCGUCGGAGUGUUCUACUGUGGUGCUCCGGUCCUGACAAAGGAGCUGCGUGAACUCGCGCAGGAUUUCUCGAGAAAAACCACCACAAAGUUCGAAUUCCAUAAGGAGAAUUUCUAAUUUAUGUAGCCUCAACAAGUGCUUCAACAAGUUUUUGUAUGACGAGUCCAGUACAUACCGUAUUCUAUACGUGUAGCGUAUAUAUGGGUGUAGAGGGAGUAGAUCAAAGUAGGUAUUGCUUGAUUGUGAACAGUACAGUUGGGUCGAAAUUCCAUCAGUUUUUGCUCUAGAAGAAUAAUAAUCCAAUGCCCUUGUACAGAUCAUCUCUCAGAUAUGAUACACUUUGUGUCACUUAGACUAGACAGUUUAUUUGAUCAAGUAGAAUGAUAUAGAGUUUGAUGGCCUGAUCAGGUCAAAAGUAUCACAAUGUCUAGCAAGAUCAAGCAAGUUGAGACAAUGCAGGAAAUAAAUUGCACCUUUUGUGGCUGCUAUCAGCUGAGGAACUGCAGGCCACAUUUUCGUUCAUGUUGGAGCACCGUUUGGUGGGCAACAGCCAUGAACGGUCUCAGCCGAUGAGUGAUCCUGACAUAUUAGGGUUCUAGAGAAUGAUGAGCAUGGUUGCAUCCUGGCCCACAGAGCAACCAGGGUAGCUAUCUUUGUUUUUUUGUUUUCUUGGUACCUGUUCUUUAUUUAUGUGCCUUUUAGUAUUCUAUUCCAUUGUAUUUUGUGUAGUGCAUCGUCAGAAGCAGAAUACAGGAUAUGGCAAAAUAAUGAGUGUCCAAGGCUAUAAGGCAUACACAUUGUUGAAUAACAAAAAGAGGUGUCCUUUUUAUUUGGUUCCA